UCCCAAAGUCUAUAUAACAACUGCUAACCCACCAACACUUUGCUCUAUUCCAGCACAGAAUCCAAAUUCUCCACCAUACUCCCAACUACCAACCUUGGAAUCUAAUUCAAUGCAUCUUGAGCAUUUUGGAAAUUAUGUUUAGUUUUUUUAACUAAUAUACAUGUAUGGGGACCUGUGGUUUUCUGGACAAGGGAUCUUUCUAUCAUUUGGAUCUCCAUAACUUAAGGUUCCUAAAAAUCAUUUAAAUAUGAAUUAAACCCGGGGGGCGUGGCUAGCUGUACAACGAAGCAGACGUGUUCCUCCAGAGCUCUGUGCCUUUCAUAUACCAUCUGGCCCCAUCUAUAUAUUUUAAAAGCUCCUGCAACUGCCUACUGCCAUUGUGAGAGCUUGGGAAGUUACCAGCUGCAGACAGGGACUUAAUUCGGCUCUCUGGCACCAGCAGAGCUGUCCUGCUACUUGGGGCCUACCUCAAGGCCGGAAGCCGGGGACUGGAGUAUACCUGAGGCCCGUAGCUGUGAUCAGCCUGGCGCUGCGACACUGCUUCCUCCGCAUUGCUGUAAGGUUCCCAGCGGGUUUCCGUAAGGGGUGAGUGCCCACAGACCCCAGAGCAUUCUCGUGUGCCGCGUGUCCCUGGAGGCCAGGUUGUCUGGCCUGGUCCCGCGUGGCGCCAUUAGUCUAAGGCACUGCGGCACAGGCAAGACGCCGCAGGUAGCGGGUAUAUCUGUUGUUACGGCUCAAGCAGGGAGCUGGAUUCUCUCCUCGGCCCAAGUUGCUCCGGCCGGCUGCACCAUUGCAUCACCUGUCCCUGGAGCCGACAGUGCCUAUGAAGACCGCGCUGCUGCUGCGUUCCAAGCUGGAACGCAUGGGUUACACGAUGGUGCGCGGCCAUUUCUAAGGGCGCGAGUCUUCAUGGUGGGACAGCUCUACAUAUUGCAGGACUCACAGUAUCAUCACAGCCCCAGUACUGAGGUUCCCCAUCUACUUGAGUGGUGUGGCUUGGAUAUAAAGAGCACUAUAGCUCUGAGCUGUUUCUAUGAUACCUGAUGCUCUCUCUAUGCUGCACAGUAGAGGACAUAUAACGCUACAAUUUGACUAUACCACUUUUGCACGGCACUGAUGCACCAGAACUGUUCUAUUGUCUCCAUGCUACACUAACUGACUAUGCUCUGAGAGCUCCGUGGUAUUAUUGAUCCUGUUACUAUAAUACUCCGCUUCUACACUGUACUUCCCCUCGUGCUGAGCCUUCCUUCACACGCUUAUUAUGCGUAGUAGCAGAGCACCGAAAAAACCUGGCGAAACAUCACAGAAGAUGGAUCAGUUUGUGAGGCGGUCUGGCCAUGAUGGCGCUGCACCCUCAUCCCCUUCUUCAGUACCAACCGAAGAUACUUCGGAAACGGCAUUUGCACCUAUUCUUGCCGCAAUAGCGACCUGUCAAACCACGCUUACUACCCACAUAGAGGAGGUUAAAGUUGACCUAUCUCUGAUCAAGGUGGAUUUGCAGGCUGUACGAGAACGAACAACGGCUGUGGAAGCCAGGGUUAGUGCUCUGGAAGAUAUGUGUACACCGGUUCCAGCACAACUCACUGAAUUACAGCAGCAAAUCAAGCAUCAAGCCUCUCUCUUAGAUGACUACGAAAACCGUCAGCGCCGUAAUAAUGUACGGGUGGUGGGACUCCCGGAGGGCGCUGAAGGCAAUUCGCCUACUGAUUUCGCUGAAAGAUGGCUCAAACAACUUCUGCCUAAUGCGCCUUUCACCGCACACUAUACAGUGGAACGGGCUCAUCGUGUCCCAGGUCGACCUAGACCUCCGGGUGCCCCCCCACGCUCCUUUCUUUUAAGAUUGCUUCACUUUCGUGAUAGAGACGCAGCUCUCUCUGAAGCUAGGGCGAAAGGCCAGCUGGUUCAUGACGGGGCCAAUGUAUCACUGUAUCCUGACUACUCUACUUAUCUGCAGAAACAGCGCAGCACCUUUACCGGCGUCAAACGGCAGCUGCGGGACCUGAAGUUGGUUUAUGCCAUGCUAUACCCGGCUAAACUCAAGGUCAUUGAUGCAAAUAAAUCUCAUUUUUUCAAUACUCCUGAAGAGGCAUUGAGCUGGAUUGAGGCACGGUCCGGCAGAAGUCCCAGGCCAUAGCUGUUCUUUACUGACCUCUUCUUCGCAUGUUACCUGACCUAAUGUGUAUGGUUUUAAUAUCCUUCCACUGCUAAGAGGAGAGGACCGGCUGCUACCUGUAGCUUUUUGAUGUAAUCCCCAUUGCAAGAAGUGACUUUUGAUGCAAGUGUUUCUCUCAUAUGGCUCAGGUGUCGCUACCUCUGUAUGUCUCGGCAGUACCGGGUGGUCCGGCAACCUACAGUACUGCGACUGUUUUAGUGGCAGGCACAGUGCCUUCUUCAUAUAUCCUCGGCUCAUGUAGGUGCUGCCGGUAACCUUACUCUGACACUAACACCUGCCUUGGAACCUUUUCUGCACAUUACAACUCUUGCUACAUAUAUGUUGCUUGAUAUGCCUUCAUUGGGUUUGCAUGUUUACAUUUAGUUUUGUAAGUUUAUUUUUCAUUAUCCUGUGAACCAUUGGCCGAUCACCACGGAAGCUCUUUGGCCACAACAAGAUUUGGAGCGAGCUUGUUGAGGGCAACCAAUCUCCCCAGUUGAUCUUAUGUUUGGGAUCCUAAGCCCGCCAGACUGUGAGGGUUGGGCAGGGUGGGGGGCAGUUGGGUGGGGGUUUUGUUUUGACUGUUGUUUUAACUAUGUCUUUUCUACCUCAUUUCAGUCUUUCUUUCCUUCUUCUCUCUCCCUCCCCGGCUGGAUAACAAUGUAUGUAUAUGGUGGGCUGCUGAGUCGAAGGGUGUCCGGAAACCUGAAAUGUGUUCAUUUUACUAGUUAACACCAGAUGCCUGAUGCGGUUGCUCCUCUUUUACGCGAAGAAGGUCGUUGCCCUGCACUGGAUGGGCCCAUCGCCACCAUCUUUGAGUAGAUGGAUUGGACUGGUUAAUUCGCAACUGGAACUGUACAAGCUCACGUACCUAGCACGUGGAUGCCCAAAGAAGUUUGAGAGUAUUUGGAACCCUUGGCUCGAGUCGCCAGCCACCUCGACCAACUAUUGAUGGCCACUUCUUCAGCCGUAUCCCCUUCUCCCCACUUUCCCUUUCUUUUCUUUCCUUUCUCACUUGCUUUUCUUCCUUCUAAUUUUUCUGUUGUUAAAUUUCAAUAAAA